AUGGCGGCUACCGCGCAGCCCUCGGCAGCGCAGGCGUGGAAGGGCAGCCAGCCGCCUCAUGAGGACGGCUUCCGCCAGGAGCUGCUGGACCAGCUUGGCGAGGCCCCCCCCACGUUGGCGCCGGGCGAGCCAAGCUCCCCGGACGCGGCAACGCUGCGGCGUGUGAAGCGGACGCAGGCGAGCCAGCAGGGCCAGGCGAUGGCGACUGCUACGCCGCCGUUUGCCAAGACGGCGCGGGAGGGCACCCAGCCGCCUCACGAGCACGGCUUCCUCCAGGAGCUGCUGGACGAGAUCGGCGAGGGGAUGUCCCCGACGCUGGCGCCCGAGGAGCCGAGCUCGCCCGACGCGGCACAGCUGCGGCGCGUGAAGCGGGCGCAGGGCAGCUCCCAGGGCCAGGCGAUGCCGGCUGCUGCGACGCAGGGGGACGGCUUCCGGCAGGAGGUGCUGGACCAGUUCGACGAGGGCCUCUCCCCCACGUUGGCGCCAGAGGAGCCGAGCUCCCCCGACGCGGCAACGAUGCGGCGUGUGAAACGGGCGCAGGCGAGCCAACAGGGGCACGCGACGCAGGCUGCUGCGCCGCCAUCGGCACAAGAGGCAUGGAAGGCCACCCAGCUGCCGCAGGAGAACGGUUUCCGCCAGGAGAUGCUGGACCAGUUUGACGAGGGCCUCUCCCCCACAUUGGCGCCAGAGGAGCCGAGCUCCCCCGACGCGGCAACGAUGCGGCGUGUGAAACGGGCGCAGGCGAGCCAACAGGGGCACGCGAUGCAGGCUGCUGCGCCGCCAUCGGCACAAGAGGCAUGGAAGGCCACCCAGCUGCCGCAGGAGAACGGUUUCCGCCAGGAGAUGCUGGACCAGUUUGACGUGGGCCUCUCCCCCACAUUGGCGCCAGAGGAGCCGAGCUCCCCCGACGCGGCAACGAUGCGGCGUGUGAAACGGGCGCAGGCGAGCCAACAGGGGCACGCGAUGCAGGCUGCUGCGCCGCCAUCGGCACAAGAGGCAUGGAAGGCCACCCAGCUGCCGCAGGAGAACGGUCUCCGCCAGGAGAUGCUGGACCAGUUUGAUGAGGGCCUCUCCCCCACGUUGGCGCCAGAGGAGCCGAGCUCCCCCGACGCGGCAACGAUGCGGCGUGUGAAACGGGCGCAGGCGAGCCAACAGGGGCACGCGACGCCGGCUGCCACGGUGCCGCGUGUCGAUGUAGCAUUGGAGGGUCCCCCAGAGGACAUCGGCAUGCGCCAGGAGGACUUGGACCAGAUCGGCGUCACCGAGAGCCUCCCUGCCGCGCGGGUGCCGGAGGAGCCGUUCUCCCCCGACGCGGCGCAGAUGCUGCGGGCGAAGCGGGCGCACGACAGCCACCAGGGCCACGCGACGCGGCCUGCGGCGCAGCCACGCGCUGCGCAGGGCGCCCCCCAGCAGAGCCUGUCGCCGUUCUCCCGCGCGCGCGCCGGCGCGCCGCGCGCCGGCACGCCGCCUGGCGAGGACCUCUCGCCGUUCUCCCGCGCGCGCGCGGGUGGUCCGGCGGCGCCGCUCGGCCUCACGGUCGCCGCGCCGCUGGUGCCAUGGCCGGCCAGCGGCAGCCGCGCGGAGGACCUGUCGCCGUUCUCCCGAGCGCGCGCCAGGGCUCGCGGGGGAGCGCCGCCGUGCGGCGGCUGGCCGGGCGCGGCCGGGGCGCCGCGGGCAGCGGGGCAGCCGCGGCAGCCGCCCGGCGGCGGCGGGAUGUCGCAGCGGGAGCUCGACGGCCUGGACACGUGUGGCCCUCAGACCGGGAAGCCGCAGGACGACCGCGGGCCGCGGGACGAGCCCAGCUCGCCCGACGCGGCGCAGAUGCGGCGGGUGAAGCGCGCGGCGCAGGCGCAGAGCGGCGGGGUCGGCCGCGCGUGGUGA